AUGAACUUAUGCGUGGGCCUCAACAAUCUGCCCAUCUCGUUGGCGCUUGCUGGUCUGUACGGUAUUACAUGGUACCUGGGUGUCGAGCUUACCAUCUCGCUCUUCCUCGUCUUUAACCGGCGGCGGGGACUCUAUUUCUGGUCCUGUGCACUGGUCGCAUGGGGUGCCAUCUUGACCUCCGUGUUUGAGCUCCUCUUGGAAUAUUGCCUCUGGCCGGAUCGCGUACCGGCCUGCACAUUGCUUUUCAUCGCAUGGGCCAUCAUGGUGGUUGCGCAGAUCUGGGUCCUCUACUCGAGACUGCACCUGCUCAUGCCUGGCGCGCCAGUACUCGGAAUCAUUAAGCGCGUGCUCGUAUCUACCUCUGUUAUCCUCCUCCUCCCAGGGCUGGUAAUCGACAUCGCGUCCGAAGCGAGGCCAUCCAACCCCAACUUGACCGACUUCAGCACGACUUGGGGCCGAGUACAACUCGUGGCCUUUGUGAUCCAAGAGACAGCUCUCUGCGUUCUGUACAUGGUCCAGGCACACAAGUAUCUAACCGAGCGCUCCCCCCUCCACGAGCGCACAUGGUCUGCGCCAUCGUCGACCGAGACCGCCGUGUCCACUGUCCAACACGGCGCUCCCGUUCAAACGACAGAGGAAAGGACUGUCCUGCUGCAUCUGACGCUCGCCAACAUCCUCAUUAUUGUUCUCGACAUUGCAUCUAUCGCCGUCAUGUUGGCAAAUAUGUCCUACCUGCAGGCAGCGGUAAACUCUUGCGUGCAUGCGGUCAAGCUAAAGGUGGAGUUUUCAAUCUUGAAUCGUCUCCGGGAUCUCGUUUCCCAAGCUGUAGCUCCAGAAUGGGGAGUCGUUGGCAUGGGCCGGCGUGAGGGUCCGGAUUCGGGAGUGCAGUUGACUCACUCGGCGCCUGGGAGCUAA